GAAGAGAGACAACAUCGUCGACAGCUGGUUCUGAAAUUGCGUGAGCUUCAGGCGUUUGGUAUAAGAGCGACGAUUUUAAAUAAUGACAUAAAAAUUUUGGAUGAUUCAAGAAAUACCACGGAAUCACAACAGAAGAUAAUGCAGUCUCAGGAUGAACGAAGGCCAGUCGGAUAGUCUCCCUGCGCCCAACUCUCAGAAGGCGGACACGCAGUUAAGAAAGAAGCGAGGGCACUUCUCUCUCAGGAAUUCUCCAAGAGGGGAUGACUCACUCAAGAAUUUAAACACCCUUGAUAAAUUUUUUACCUCUAAUACUCCCAAAUCAGGAAAUGUUCAUCCAGGUUCCAAGAAUGAUCUUUCUUAUAAGAAGAUAAAGUGGGACGAGAGGAAGGAAUAGCAACGAUCUGAAAACCCUAAGAAUUCAGCCCAUCUUCAGAAAUUUAAAUACAGGAAGUGCAAUACGAUUUUAUUUUGGAACAUUCACGGAAUUAAGAAUUUACCGGACAUUCAGAAUAUUUCUGACCCUGAGAUAUACUUUGUAUAUGUGAAACCUGGAAUGAACGAGAUUGGAUUCCUGGUCUGAACAAGAAUUUCUUAGAUUUCAUUCAAGCUCCAGCUUCAAGAAUCUACAACCAUGGCAGAGCAAAGGGAUGUCUCCUUAUUAUUUUAAACCCUAAAAUUUAUUCUAUGUCGAUAGUUUUUAUUUCUUGUUUUCAAAUUUUUGUCAAAGUUAAUUUGCUUUCAAAUGAUUUUACGUUUAUUCUGGGAUUGGUUUAUUUUGCUCCAAAUGAGAACUUCGAUGAGCUUCUGGAUAGUGUCAACUUAAAUAUAAAUAAUCUUUGUAAAUUUUCCGAGUUACCUUGUUAUUGUGGGAGGGGACUUUAACGGUAGAGUGGGUGAGUUGAACCAGUUAAACCCUAACUUUUUUCAAUUUAUAGAUACAGUUUUUCCAGAUAGGUCUUCUUUUGAUAAAAUUUCUAAUACUAAGGGAAAGAAAAUUAUUAAUAAUCUUGAAACUAAUGAUUUGGUUCUUUUAAAUGGUCGUUGUAAUAAUGAUUCACCAGCUAAUUUUACGUAUAUGAGUCCAACUGGCUCAAGUGUGAUUGACUUGGUGUGGUGUUCUUCUGGUGCUCUCCCUAUUAUUAGUGAUUUAAAGGUUUUACAUCUGGUCACAUCAUCUGACCAUUUUCCAGUUUCUGUUUGCCUCUCAUUUCAAUCUCAUAUAAAUAAUAAUUUAGAAUCCAAUAGAUUACAUUUUAAUACAAAAAAUGCUGAGUUAUAUUUUUCGACAAUGGCAUGGAAAGAUGAGGUGGCUGAUGUUCACCUUCAUUUGGACAAUAUGAAUUCAACAAUUGUAUCUACAAUACAAUUAAAACGUUUAGUUCCGGAGCUAGACGAUUCAAUAUCAUUUGAGGAAAUUAUUAAGGGUUUAGCUAAAUGUAAGAAUGGGAAAACCCCUGGUUUGGACGGUGUUGACUACAGUUUUUUUAAGAAUUUACCUCAGAAUUAGAUUUUAUAUGUGACGCGACCCGAAGAAAGGUACCUAAGAAGGAAAAAAUCGAUUUUCGUAUUCAGAUUGUUUUCGAUAAACUAAGGAUUGCUUUUCAAUAAUCUGAAGUCAAAAUUCAUUUUUAUCAAAUACUUUUCUUGUAAUAACGAUUUAAAGAUGAACAAUUUGUGCUAAGCGUUGAUUCUCUUUCUCCUCACGCACACAUAUCUACGCUCCCCUCUCACUGUAUACAUGCGUCACUUGAAGUUCGGGUCGAUAUUCGGGAAUUAGAGAGAGAUGCACUGACUACACCGUUCUAUCUCACGACGAAAACACGUGUACGAGUUACCGGCAACAACUUGCACUGAUACAAGGCGGAUAAUUUACUUUUUCAAUAUAUUAUAGUGUUGCAAAUAAAUAAAAUGAUUAAUUAAAUGGAAAAAUAUUAAGCACAAUUAUGAAUCUCGAUCAAGAAUAUGCGGACAUUGUUGAUUGCCAUAAUAGAUUAAAUAAUCAUUAUGUUUCAGAAGAACAAGAAGAAGACACUUCUAAGGUAAAUAUUAUGUGCACACAAAUAAAACAAUAAUAUAAUAUCAAGAUGUUCAAUGUUUUUUUAUAAGUAAUCCAUAUAUUUAUUUAAGCGCGAAGCUUUUCGUCCAUACACGAUGGACCUCAUCAGGCGUUUCAGUCACUGCAAAUUAUAUCAUUGUCAAUAUUCAGAAAAUACAUAAAAACCCUCAUAAAAUACAUAAAAGACAAAAAUGAAAAAUUUUUAAAAUAUUUAAACAUAUACAACAUUAAAACAAAAAAACUUCCCAUUCAUUUCUCCAUUACAUAACCUCAAACUUACAUUUGUGGAUUACUUCCUUCACACAAUUAUUUUACAUAUCACAAAGAACAAAAAAUUAUUGUGAUAUUUUGUUUAGAGAUGAGCGUUUGAAUUUUCAAACUUAGGGCCAUGGCCGUACGUUGUAAAAAGCAAACAUAAGUAUACACCAUGUGCCCUUUAUGAUAAAUGAACAUUGAUAGAAAAAGGAAAUGCUUCAAAAUAUAAACGGAAUCUAAGUUAUCUACAUGAAUCAGAAAGAUGGAAAUCUACCUUAUCAUACAUAGUGUCAUUCAUGAUGAAGACAUUAAAAAUAGUUUAGAGGACUUAAAAGAUUCGGAGAAAAUAGAACAUUUUUAUGGUGAAGCAGCCAAAGAUUGCUGCAAAAAUGGUUGUAAUAAAAUAAUCCCUAAAGACUUUGCUGUGGAUAAUCGAUUAAAUUUUCUCGAAAUGGAAAAGACUGAGCAAGAUUUAAUUCUUUUGUCUCAUUUGCAAGCACACCGUCAAAUUGCACAAUUUAGAGAAAAUUAUGGUAAAUAUACCGUCAAACAUAAGUCACAAUUCAGAAAGGAAUGUAAAAGCAAUCGACAAAAUAUAAGUUACUACAUAGCAGAUAUCCCCAUUUGUCGAAAAAUGUAUUUUUUUUAUUUGAUGUCGGCUUAAGGAGGCACAAAAAUUUACUAACUCACUUUGACCAGAAUGGAAUCAACCCUCGGGUUCAUAAGUUAUCUAGAAAAACACCAUCGAGGUCCAGUGUUUUAUCCAUUGAUGACAUUGAUAGAGCUGUACAGUAUAUUGAGGCUGUAGCGGAAAAAACUGCUAUACCAUUACCAGGUCGUAUGCCUAAAUUUCGAGACUUCAAUGUCAUGAAACUUCCUUCGAGUGAGACGAAAAGUACUAUGUACAAACAGUAUCAAGAAGAUACUGCGAAAGAUAGUGAUGUGAGAAUAAUGUCACUCACUUUUUUUAAAAGAGCAUGGUCUACUUAUUGUCCUUAUAUUACGACGAUGAAACCUGCGGAUGAUCUGUGCGACAAAUGCCGAGAAAAUAAUUUAGCAAUCUCAAGUUCAGCUAACCUACCAGAUAAAGAAAAAGUUAAUAUAAUUUCUAUUGCAAUGGAGCAUUUGCAGAAGGCAAAAAAACAGAGAGAAUUUUAUAAUAUUAACAGGGCCAACAUUAAAUUGUUUGAUCAAGACCCGAAACAGCAAUCGUCACUUCUGGUUCUUUCGUUCGACUAUGCUCAAAACGAUUCUUACCCUUCAAGUCCUCAACAAGUCGGAAAAUUGUACUUUAAAGUACCCAGAAAAUGUGGAAUUUUUGGAAUUCACGACGAGAGCAAAGGUGAGCAAACCAAUUUUUUUGAUCGACGAAGCAGAUAAUUCGGGAAAAGGUGCUAAUUCUGUCAUUAGCAUGAUUAAUUAUCAUUUAAGUAAUCAUCUUGCUGAAGAGGUUACUUUAUUCUCGGAUAAUUGUGUCGGUCAAAACAAAAAUAAUGCCAUGAUGCACUACCUUUUAUGGCGUGUGAUGACGGGAAAAAAUUAAAAAAAUUUCUCUUUAUUUCCUUUUGACGGGGCACACAAAAUUCAGCCCUGAUAGGAAUUUUGGAAUUUUAAAAUCGAAAUAUUCACGAGCUGAUGUUGACUGUCUUCAGGAUAUGAUGGAAGUUGUGAAUACCUCAUCGUCUCAUGGAUAUAAUGUUGCCCUUCCGAUAGUCGAUCCUUCAACGAACAUUCAAAAUGUAAAGUGGAAAAAAUGGGACGAUUUUUUGAAACAAUUUUAAUUCCAUUCCACACAUUACGAAGUAUCACCAUUUUGUCUUUUUACCCAAUGGUGAAAUUCGAGCGAAAGAAUUCGUUGAUUCAACAGAAGAAAUCGUUCAUCCUGAAAUUGAGUUAAACAAAAACGCAAGAGAGGUGAAAAACAUUCGUUCUAAUGGCCUUACGAAUGAACGUCAAUGGCACUUGUUUGACGAAAUACGUCAAUUUUGUACAGAUGAAAAUAAAAAAGAUGCAGUUGCCCCUUGUCCGAAAUGUCCGAAAAAGAAAAAACAAAAAUAUUAUAAUUAGACAAAAAAUAAGUAAUAAAAUUUUGGUCAUUGUUUAGCUAUUGUGAUAUUCGUCAUAAAUAUAAUUAUAAGUUUUGUUAUUAAUAAUAACUA